AUGCAGCAGAAGCUGCCGCCGGUCGACAUAUUCCACACGGAGGUGCAGCGCACCAUCCACUAUCCGGACGGACGCGUGUACGACCUGGACCCGGCCUACACGGCUCGCCAGCUGCCGAUCAUGAUCAGUGACGUGGUGCAGGUGGGGCGCACCAGUCUGCCGGUUGACCUGCCGCCGCUGGGCACUAUACAGCGGCCCCUCGUCAAGCCCGGACAGCACGUGUUCGCCAUGCAUAGUGACACACUGUCGCCAUGGUUCAAGGCGAAGGUCAAGGACGUCAUGGUCAAGCAGAGCGGAAUGCAGCUCCGCGUCAAGUUCGACUCGCCGCGCGUGACCUCCAACAAGAACCGCGUGGUGGAGGGCUCAGAGGUAGCGUACGUCAGCCAGUCGACAGUGCGGCUGCACGUGGGCGUGCGGGUGGUGGCCGCCUUCCGCGACCAUCAGCAACAGACGCCCACAUUCUACUCGGGCACGAUCGCCGAGGCGCCCAAGACCAUGAAUGGCUACAGGUACCUGAUCUUCUUCGACGACGGGUACGCGGCGUACGUGCAGCACCGGGAGCUGAAGCUCAUCUGCCAGCCCUCCAAGGUGGUGGCCGACGACGUGCACCCGGACUGUCGCGAGUUCGUCGCCAAGUACCUGGCCCAGUUCCCCGAGCGGCCCAUGGUCAAGCUGCAGAAGGGCCAGGUGGUGAAGACCGAGUGGGGCGGCAAGUGGUUGCCGGCGCGCGUGGCCGAGGUGGACGCCUCGCUGGUCAAGAUGGCGUUCGAGUCGGAGCGCCGCUCCGAGUGGAUCUACCGCGGCUCGACGCGGCUGGCGCCCAUGUACGCCGAGCUGGUGUCGCACCAGCCGCGCAAGCUCGGCACCGGUGCGCGCAGGAACAUCCUGAACGCCGUUAACGUUGGCAAGAAAAAUCGCGUAUACGUCGAGUACACUCGACACUCUGAGCAAGAGGAAGAGUCGGCCGAGGAGACGGCGGCGGCGGCGGCGCUUCGCCGCCCGCCGCGCGCCGUCGCCCGCAAGAGCACGACGCCGGCGGCGCAGGAGGUGACGCCGCCGCCGCCGCCCACCGACCGAUUUAUCUCGCCCAUUUCACCCAUGGAGGGCGACGGCCAGAUCACAGAGAUCAGCAGCAAACCUCGCGUCACGCCGCGGCGCCUGCAGCCGCACGCCUGCGGCCGAGCCUGCAUCCGCAACUUCAGCGUCGACAUGGCCCGGCUCAAGGGCGUCAACCCGCUGCUGAUGCCCAUGAUGAGCGGCUGGAUACGCGAGAUCGUGCGUCACCGGACCAGCAAGCGGACGGUGCUGUACCGGGCGCCGUGCGGCCGCCGCCUCCGCUCGCUCGACGAGGUGUUCACCUAUCUGCGCCGCACCGACUGCAAGCUGGAGAUCGACUGCUUCUGCUUCGACUUCUGGGUUCACUGCUUCACCGAGUUCGAGCCGGCCAGGAAGUUCUGCAGCAUCAAGGACAUAUCGUACGGGAAGGAGAACGUGGCUGUGUCGUGCGUGAACUCGCUGAACCGUGACUACCCCGACUACGUGGAGUACAGCACGCGGCGGCUGCCUACCAGUGGCGUGCAGCUCAACCUGGACUCCAACUUCCUGACCUGCUGCGACUGCACUGACGACUGCCAGGACAAGCAGAAGUGCUCCUGCUGGCAGUCCACCAUCCAGGGUACAGCGUUUGGGCCCACCGGCCAGGUGGACGAGACGGCCGGCUACCACUACCGCCGCCUCAUCAACGGCAACGUCAUCACCGGCAUUUACGAGUGCAACGACAGGUGUAAAUGCCGCUCCAGCUGCCUGAACCGGGUGUGCCAGCAUCCGCUGCGGCUGCGCCUGCAGGUGUUCAAGACACUGCGCCGUGGCUGGGGCAUCCGCUGCUUGGAUGACAUCCCCAAGGGCGGCUUCAUCUGCGUGUACGCCGGGCAGCUGCUCACAGAGUCCGGUGCCAACGAGGACGGCAAGAACUAUGGCGACGAGUACCUGGCCGAGCUGGACUACAUCGAGGUGCUAGAGCGGCUCAAGGAGGGCUACGAGUCGGACGUGGUCGACGACGAGCAGAGCAGUAGCGACGAGAAACAGGACGACGACAAAUCAGACGACGACGGCUCGCCGGAGGCCGAGGACGACGACUCCUCCUCCGGGCCGCAGUCGUCCGAGUCGACGCGUCGUCGCGGCGCCGCGCGCGACGACGACUUUGUGCCGCGCAAGGAGAUCGGCGGCAGCGGCGACCAGGACCUGCGCCGCUCCAACAGGUCACGGCAAGCCAAAUCAAAGGAAGUGGAAGAGCAAGAAACGAAGAAAAAGAAAACCACGGUCUCCAAGAGCGUGGAAGCAAAGAAAACUGCGCCACCAGAUGCUACAGCAAAGUCCGACAAUAAGAAAGCACAGACAGAGGCGGACCGGGCGGGCGGACCGGGCGCCGGCCGUCUCUCACUGCCCGACGAUGACUACAAGUCAGUACGGGAGCAGUUCGGCGCCGACGAGUACUGCUACAUCAUGGACGCCAAGACCAUUGGCAACCUGGGCCGUUACCUAAACCACAGCUGCUCGCCGAACGUGUUCGUGCAGAACGUGUUCGUGGACACGCACGACCUGCGCUUCCCGUGGGUGGCGUUCUUCGCGCUGUCCUACAUCCGCGCCGGCACAGAGCUCACCUGGGACUACAACUACGAGGUUGGCUCGGUGCCCGGCAAGGUGAUGUACUGCCACUGCGGCAGUCAGGAGUGUCGCGGCCGCCUGCUGUAGCGCCCUGCUCACGGGCGCGUGCAGCGGCCGCCGACCGACCGGUGAUAUACUGCCGCUGCGGCAGUCAGGAAUGUCGCGGCCGUCUGCUGUAGCGCCCUCCUCACGGGCGCGUGCAGCGACUGCCGACCGACCGGUGCUGCACCGCCACUGCGCAGUCAGGAAUGUCGCGGCCGUCUGCUGUAGUGUCCUGCUCACGGGCACGUGCAGCGGCCGCCGACCGACUGGUGAUGUUCUGCCACUGCGGCAGUCAGGAGUGUCGCGGCCGUCUGCUGUAGCACCCUGCUCAUGGGCGCGUGUCGGGAGCGGGCGGCGGCUGCCGACGGACCGGUGAUGUACUGUCGCUGCGGCGGUCAGGAAUGUCGCGGCCGCCUACUGUAGCGCCCUGCUCACGGGCGCGUGCAGCGGCCGCCGGCUGUAGUGCCCUGCUACAAUACAUCCCGAAGCGAUGUACUGCCACUGCGGCACGCUGAUCUAGGAUGAUGAAGGUCAGGAAUGUCGCGGCCGCCUGCUGUAGUGCCCCGCUCACGGACGCGUGUCAGGAGCGGACGGCGGCAGCGGGAGCGGGUCUGGUCUGUGCGUCUGUCCGUCGAGGGUGGUCCGCCCCCCGGCACGGCUCGCUCGGGAGGACACUGUCGUCCAUACUGCGGUCGGCGGUAACGUCACGCGGCGGCGCUCACCUGGCCUCUGGGAACAACCCUGGUGUGGCUGUACACCGGGCUUGAUUAGUCGAGAAUAAACGUUGGUGCGCCCUCGGACACAGAGGACGCCCGGGUAAGUAUGGCGUCUUGGUUGUUUCCUCGAAACUUUUACGAUGUUCGUCAGUUCUAUGCCUUCGUGUACCCUGCGCUAGUUUGCCAUUUCUGCACGUUGUAAUCGUAUGUAUGAUCUCAGGUGCUGAGUAACCAUUGGCUGGAGCUCUGCUCCAAGCUAUCUGUAAUACAAACGUUCACAAUUGA